AGUGCAGUCCUGAGAAAGGGUCGUGUUGAUUUCAGAAGUCAUCAUGGCGCUCACUUCCCCAGUCAAAGAGCAUCCAUAUAGCCAUCUAAUCGACACACUGAAAGAUGGAAGGAUCAAGUUCUUCAAUCCACAGAAAUUAAAUGAUCCAAGAUAUGACAAGCUGCCUCUGUCCAUCCGUGUCUUACUGGAAGCAGCAAUUCGUAACUGUGAUGGCUUUUACACAAAAGAGGAAGACGUCCAGAACAUUCUGGACUGGCAGCAGCAGCAGAAUCAAGCCGAGGUGCCAUUCUCUCCAGCGCGAGUCCUUCUCCAGGACUUCACUGGUAUUCCUGCCAUGGUGGACCUGGCAGCCAUGAGGGACGCUGUGGCCAAACAUGGCAUGGACCCCGGCCUGGUCAACCCUAAAUGCCCCACAGACCUCAUUGUAGAUUACUCUUUACAGAUUGAUUAUAGCAAAUGUGCCAUACAGAAUACUCCAAACCCAGGUGGAGGCGACGGCCCAAACCAGAGCCAGGGCCCUUCCCGAUCCACACCCUCCAGGCCUCUGUCCAGAGGAGGCUCACACUGCGGGGCCCAGCGGGGCUCCUGUAGCAAAGCUGCCUGCAGUGACCCUCCAGCCUCACCAGGUCGACCUCCAGCGUCUGUCCAGCAGAUCGAGAAUACUCCUCUCCUCUGCCCUUUCCACCUGCAGCCUGUGUCUGAAACCGAAACAGCUCUGAAGAAUCAGGAAAUGGAACUGAUCAGAAACAAGGAGAGGCUUCAGUUCUUUAAGUGGUGUUCAAAAGCAUUUAAGAAUGUGAACGUGGUUCCUCCGGACGUUGGUGCAGUCCACCAGGUCAAUCUGGAGUAUCUGUCCAGAGUGAUCCAGGACAGCGACGGUUUCAUCUACCCUGACAGCGUGGUUGGAACCGAUUCACACACCACCAUGGUCAACGGCCUGGGCAUCCUGGGCUGGGGUGUUGGGGGGAUCGAGACAGAAGCCGUGAUGCUGGGCCAGCCAGUGUCUCUGACCCUUCCUCAGGUGGUGGGCUGUAAACUGGUGGGCUCCAUCAACCCCCUGACCACCUCCAUAGACAUCGUCCUUGGUAUCACGAAGCACUUGCGACAAGCUGGGAUCGCCGGGAAGUUUGUCGAGUUUUUUGGACCUGGUGUCUCCCAGCUGUCAGCUCCUGACCGGACCACCAUCGCCAACAUGUGCCCAGAGUACAACGCUACUGUCAGCUUCUUCCCCGUCGACCAAGUCACACUCAAGCACUUUAAAAAGACAAAUUUUACCCAGGAAAAACUUGAAUUGCUGGAGUCUUACAUGAAGGCUGUAAAACUUUUCCGAAGCUAUGAAGACCCGUCAGAAGACCCCCAGUAUUCUGAGGUGAUUGAGAUCAACCUGAGUUCCAUGGUGCCCUAUGUGAGCGGGCCGAAGAGGCCUCAGGACAGAGUGGCAGUCAGCAGCAUGAAAGAAGACUUCCAGAGUUGUCUUGAUGAGAAGGUUGGCUUCAAAGGCUUUCACAUCUCGAAGGAGAAGCAGGACAUCCGGGUUCCUUUCCUGCACGGCGGUCAGGAGUAUCAGCUGGUCCAGGGCUCGGUGGUCAUCGCUGCUGUUAUCAGCUGCACCAACAACUGCAACCCGGCUGUCAUGCUGACUGCAGGUCUACUGGCCAAGAAGGCUGUGGAGGCUGGGCUCGUUGUCAAGCCCUAUAUUCGGACCAGCCUGGCUCCUGGAAGUGGCAUGGUCACUCACUACCUCAAUACCAGUGGAGUCCUGCCUUACUUUAGCCAACUGGGGUUUGAGGUCAUUGGUUACGGCUGUGCCACCUGCGUAGGGAACACGGCUCCUUUACCAGAAGCUGUCGUGGACGCCAUCAAACAGGGGGACCUGGUGGCCUGCGGUGUUUUAUCCGGCAACAGGCACUUUGAAGGCCGCCUGUGUGACUGCGUGCGUGCCAACUACCUGGCCUCCCCUCCCCUGGUGGUGGCUUACGCUCUGGCGGGCACUGUGGGAAUCGACUUUGAGAAAGAACCUCUGGGUGUGACUUCAGAGGGGAAGGAGGUUUACCUGUGUGACAUCUGGCCGUCCAGGGAGGAGGUCCAACAGACCGAAGAGGACACAGUCAUCUCCUCCAUUUUCAAGGAUCUCAGGGGAAGGAUGGAGCAAGGGAACACAUUUUGGAAGAACAUUGAAUGUCCAGAUUCGGUGGUUUUCCCCUGGGAUCACAAGUCCACGUAUAUCCGUUCACCGUCUUUCUUCAGCAAGUUGAGUAAAGAGGUUCCGCCCCCUCAGUCGAUAGAGAACGCUCAUGUCUUACUGUUCCUCGGAGACAAAGUGACCACGGACCACAUCUCACCAGCCGGCAGCAUCGCCAGGGUCAGCGCCGCUGCCAAGUACCUGCUGAGCAAACGCCUGACACCGCGGGAGUUUAACUCGUAUGGCGCUCGCAGAGGGAACGACGCAGUGAUGACGAGGGGCACGUUCGCCAGCAUCAAGCUCCAGAAUCGAUUCAUCGGCAAACCAGGCCCCAAGACUCUGCACAUUCCUUCAGGCCAGGCGCUGGAUGUCUUUGAGGCAGCUGAACGUUAUCAGAGAGACGGCUUCCCCCUCAUCGUCCUGGCAGGGAAAGACUACGGCUCUGGAAACUCCAGGGACUGGGUCGCCAAAGGACCAUACCUGCUGGGGGUACGUGCGGUUAUCGCCGAGAGCUUUGAGAAGCUGCACAAGAACCAGCUGGUGGGAAUGGGCAUCAUGCCGCUGCAGUUCCUGCCCGGCCAGAACGCAGACUCGCUGGAGCUCAGCGGGAAGGAGAGGUUCACCAUCACUCUGCCAGACAGCCUGAGUCCGAGGCAGCAGCUCACUGUCAAGACUAGCCAAGGAAAGUCCUUCAGCGUCACCGCACUGUUUGACACCGAGAUGGACAUUAUCUUUUUCCGACACGGAGGGCUCCUUCGAUAUGUUGCUCGGACUUUGCUCUGAAACGGCCCGCAGCCCCGUCCCAGUCCGGCCGAAUGUGCCCGAGGUUCAUGAACAGCAGCCCUCAUUUCACCAGUUUAUCUUCAGCAUGGACGGAAACCAGCUCACUGAGGCUGAUGCUUUGUCCGUUCGUGCUGGAUGAACGUCUCCAGACUUAUGGGAGUCAUGAGACGUGAGUUUUCAGACCUGCACCUGAACUGCUUCUCCAGCCUCUCACGUGGCCGUUCCUGCAUUUACAGCAGCAGCGUUUCCCCUCACAGGACUUAAGUGGUGACCUGCACUCAAAAAGGGGGUUGCACCCCAGACGACCUUUGGACAUCUUUUUGUUUUUGUUUUAUUGUUGGAGACUGAACUUGCAGAGUGCUGAGGGGACAUUUCUUUCAUCAGGACUUGAGCCAAGAAGAAGUGAAUCCUGUCUGCUUCUGUCAUUUAACGAGUAGAUUAAAACAAUCCUGCCUGAAAAGGCUAAUAUGGUGCUAGGUACUACGGCAUGAAUACAUACAUUUCUUUGGGUGCAGUAUAGCCUGUUUUUCCCCAACAUCCAAGUAAAUUGUCUAAUUUUGUGAAUUGCAAAAAAUGUGCAAAAUUGAUGUCAGUUGCCCAUAUUUCUCAUUGGGGCCAAACAGUCUGAUGUAAAUCCAAGUUCUGUUAAUAUUUCUUUAUUGCCUUUUGCAAAAAGUACAAUUGCCUCCCAAUACACUUAACUUUUAUUAUGUGGAAAAUGUGAAAUCCCUCUAUUUGCUGUUGCUUGUAUCAAUAAGCUGUCUACAUAAACAUGUCACCUACUACAACUGACAGUCCUCUGCAUCACAUUAAAGCUAAAUUAUCAAAGUUCUCCAGCCUAAAGAAUCAGUUAAUAUGAAUCCACAAAGCAGCAGCUGUUGUGCGCAUUGUGGGAAAUGAAGGCUCCAGGUGCGUAAUGUUCAGAAUGAAAAAGACGAUAUCUGGUUCUGCUGAAUCAAUCCUGUUUUUUUUUAACUGUCCAGUCAAAGCUAGCGGAGUGCAAUGCUAAAUUGGUGGAAUAAUAUUUUUAAUGAAAGCCUUUGUAACAGUAGCUACAGUUACGCGUUGUUACAGGAUAAUUGUACCUGAAUGUUAAGAAAAACCAGGAAACUGACUCAGCAAUGUGCGUUACACAGCAAAAUCUGAAGUUAGCUAACAUUAGCUAGCCGUCAUAAAUAAGGCUUAGUAGCAACAUUAACCUCUGCUUAUAUUAAACUGAGAAUGGUGCGUUCAAUUGCUGCCAAAUCCAGAUUUUAAUUAUAAGAGGAAGAAUGUGUGUUAAUACCUUUAGCGUUCUUUACAUCGCACCGCAGCAGCUUUUGAUACCUGGUCCUGUUUCCUGAAAGUGAUUUGGUACCAUGUGACGAUAAAAGCUGCACGGAAGUGACAAGUGUGAUCUCAGCCCGCCGUCUCCUCGGCGCUGAUCGUGCUACUUGUACGAUGAUGGAUCCCUUUCCGAACGCCACCGUCACUUGUCAGACGUAUUAAAUAUUGCAGAAGCUUCUUGCAUGAGGAGACUGUCAAAUCCAUUCUGGUGAAAAAUGACUGAUGAUCAAUGCUUUAUCAUUUGCCAGCUGAUCUUGCAGUUUGAACUGAGUGAGGUGAACUUUAAGUGGACACCAGCCCUGCAUAUAGUACAGUUGUGAUUUCGUUAUAAUCCAUCACAAAUGACAUGUAUUGAGGUACUGGACUCAUUCUUUUUGUGUCUGCUCUGUAUGAUUUAAUGUUUGUGCAUGUUCAGAACACUUUGGUAGAAACAGCACUUUCUGAAAUCAUCCAUCCAGUGUAACGUGUCACAUCUAGAAAGUGGAUCAGAGCCUUUUUGCAUAGAUAUUAUUUGGAGAGCAUGAUAUUGUGCUGGCUGUGUUUAAGAUUAUUUAUUGAUACCUACGCUAUUCUGUAAUAUGUGGAAACCAUGAACUGCCUGAAAGUGUUACAAAAGCGUGUAGUUUUCUCCGUCAUUUAUAGAGCAGCAGACAUUGUUUUGCCUUGUCCAACUGCCAGAACGAGCUGAAGCAAGUAGCAGUGCGUCAUGUGAUGACAAGAUCUGUUGUUUCAACGCUGCUUCAUAUCACAGGACAUGGAGGGUUUUGUAGCCCGUCAGUCAGGCCAGUCACGGCUUGCCCUCUUAGUUUGGGCAGGUUUGUCAGUGAUGUCUGGAUGGAACAACAUGCGGAAGUGGAGCGUGCAGCAGUGUGAAAGCUUUGCAGUGUCGUCAUGUGUAGCAGCCUGGUUCCCAUUAUCUCAGUUAAGGGAAGCUGAGCAUGCAAACCAAGUGCAUCGCUGCACAUGUGAAAAGGUGCCUGUAAUCAUCUUGUACAUAGUUUUUAAUAAAUGGUAAAGCAGAGCUGGUGCUGUGGAUGUCAGGAUGCCUUGUUAAAGGUUUACUGAUCAUGGGGAAGUGCUAAAAUCCUACUGGGCUGGUGGAAAGGAGUUUGAAAGAUGAGGGCAUGAAGGCAGGAAGGGUCUAACCAAAGAUACCAUGAUGUCAGGUAUCUAUUCAUGCUUAGGAUGAAAUAAGCUUGGUUAAAUUUUUAAUAAAUUGCAACACUGGUCAACAAGCAAACCGCAGUUUUCUUCCUUCAGUGGAAGAGG